GAGAUAAGUCUCAUGGUCUCUCCUGCCUAGGCUGGCUUCCAACUGUGAUCCUCAGAUCUCAGCCUCCUGGGUAGCCAGAACGGCAGGCACGGGCCAGUGGUGUCUGGAUGGGGCUUAGGGUCUAGAAAAGUCUUUUCUUUGUCCACAUGCUUCUAUCCAGGCCUCCUCGGAGCCUGACCACAGCGAGGCCCUGAGAAUCCGGCCAGUCACAGCCUGAGUCCAGCUGCCUUCCUUGGAGUGGCAGAGAGGCUGGGCCCCCAGCUCAGGCUCUCCUGCUGCCUUGGGGGGUUGGCGGGGGGGCGGGGGGGGGGGGGCGCUGAGCUUUCCCCCAAGUGGCCCAUUGUGGAAGCUCAGUUUCAAGGACAUCUGAAACUGGGUUGAGAAAAGAAAAUAUUUACCUAUUCCACAAAGCAGAUGCCCAAGCAAAUAAUUCCAUCUCCUAAGUGGGGCCUGCCCUCUGCCCCUGCCCCUCCCCUCCCCCCCUGCCCCUUGCUCUGGAGCAUAUAAGACAACGCUGGAUACCGUGGGUAUCACAGGACCCCAGCUCCACACAGCCAGAACCUCCCCGGCCUUCCGUCAUGAAGCUGGUCAUCGCCCUGGCCCUGGCCACCCUGGCCUUGUCCUGCAGCUCUGCUUCUGCAGAAACCUGCCCAAGCUUUCUAUAUGUCCUGGAGAAAUUCCUGCUGGGCUCACUGUCGAGUUACGAGGCCUCUCUGCAGCCUUUCCAUCCUGAGCAAGUCAUCAGAGACUCGGCAAUUGAGAUGAAGAGGCUGCUGGACACCCUCCCCGAGGAGCUCAGAAUGAACGUCAUGAAGCUCGCGGACAAAAUAUUAAAAAGCCCACAAUGUACAUCUGAUAAAGGAACCCAAAACCUCCAAGGUGUCUAACUGCCAAAUGCCCCUGUCACUGUCAUCUUGAGCCCCCACCCCUGCCUAUGCUCUCUGCAAUAAAACUAUAAGCAUCUCCACUGGUUUGUCUGUCUCCUUCUCGUUGACCUGCCUGAGGUGGGGAGGCCUGUCUCAACCUGGCCUAGAAGUGCCACAGCGAAAUGCAAGGAGCUACUCAGAAGGCUGAGAUCUGAGGACUACAGUUCGAAG